AUGCUUGGUGUUAACUUGAAGAAAGCAUCGACGGCUUCAAUGAAUCUCCAAAGCCCCCACAAUGCGUUCAACAAACACCCUUCGAUAGAUAUUAGGCCCAACUCGAUGGCACCAGGCCCGCUCAAAAGACGGAGCCGGAGCUUUCCUUGCGUCACGCAUCUGGUUGACUUCGUCGUCGUCAUCCCACGGAGUAACCUGUCUUCAAAGUCAGCAAAGUCUCAGAGAUCAGUACCGAGCCUGAUCAGCGAGUUCCCACGCCGGCCCGGCACCGAGCGACUGCCGACCCCGCGGCAUCGGCGUUGGCAAAUCUCGUUAUAUACGGCCCAGGAGAUACGUGAGCUCAAGGGGGAUAGAGAUGUCCACGACAAGCAUGAACCAUUGGGGUUCGAACGCAUAAAAUGA